AUGGAGCGAAUCGACACUCACACCCACGUUGUGCCUGGGGUGUGGCGGCAUUUCUGUCGCGAGUACGGGUUUGAUCGGCCAGACGGUAUGCCUGCCAUCCCUGCAUGGACGCCGGAGGCGCACAUCGAUCUGAUGAACAAGUUGGGCAUCUCCAAAUCCAUACUCAGCAUUACAUCCCCAGGGACACACCUCAAGCCAGACGACGAUGUAUUGGGCCGAACGAUUACUCGAGAGUCGAAUGACGAAGUCGCCCGUAUCUGUCGGUUGCAUCCCAACAAGUUCGCCUUUUUCGCAUCCCUACCGCUUCCAGAUGUUGCUGGAUCUGUUGAGGAGAUUGAUCGCGCUCUAGAUAGCCUAGGCGCGGUGGGAUUCGCUCUUAUGACAAAUGCUCACGGGUAUUAUUUGGGUGAUGCCCGCCUUGACAAAGUUUUCGCGAAGCUGAACGAAAGGAAAGCAAUAGUAUUCAUGCAUCCGACCACAUGCCACUCGCAGACUCUGCCAGAAGCUGAAAGGCCUCUCUCUCAGUAUCCUGCACCAAUGCUUGAAUUCUUCUUUGACACCACACGGGCGGUGGUCAAUUUGAUUCUCUCUGGCACUGUGGCACGCUAUCCAGAUAUUACAUAUCUCGUUUCUCACUGUGGCGGUGCACUGCCGCCCCUGGUUGAGAGGUUCUCGUCUUUUGCAACGCGGAUUUUAGGCGGCGAAAUGGCUAUGGACUCAUCGCACGUCAAGGAAUUAUUUAAUUCAAGGUUUUACUUCGACUUGGCUGGAUUCCCGUUCCCCGACCAGAUUCACGGGCUCCUGCGCAUGACGGACGCGUCGAGAUUGCUGUAUGGCAGCGACUAUCCCUACACGCCAGCAUCAGCACUGACAGGAAUGGCUACGCGAAUGGACGAUGAGCUCAAAAAGUUGUUCAAGGAGGGGGCAGUCCGUGAGAUCUACUCGGGUAAUGCUAAGCGACUGUUUAAAAUUUGA